ACAACAUAAUAACAAACUCAAUUUUAAAACUCUGGAAAAAAGCUUAUUUCCUCUUAACAACAAACUUUUUCCAUAGUUCAACAAAGUUCAACACAUCUUUGUGUUUCACUCACUCAAUUUAAUCAAUUCACUAAUGGCUCGUUCUUUCGAUAACGCUAAGGUUUUUUCUGCUACUGUUCUUGAAGGAUUCUCCAACACUCUCACAAGGCCAAAGAAUGUAUACAAGGAUUUGGAUGAUGGGCGGCGGCGGUUUUUGCUUGAACUGGAAUUUGUUCAAUGCCUUGCUAAUCCUGCCUACAUCCAUUAUUUGGCUCAGAACCGAUAUUUUGAGGAUGAAGCAUUCAUUGAGUACUUAAAGUAUCUUCAGUAUUGGCAACGUCCUGAAUAUAUUAAGUUUAUUAUGUAUCCUCACUGCCUCUAUUUUCUUGAGCUUCUUCAGAAUGCAAAUUUUCGCAAAGCAAUGGCACAUCCUACCAAUAAGGAAUUGGUGCAUAGACAGCAGUUCUAUUUCUGGAAGAACCAUAGGAACAAUCGGCUAAAACACAUUUUACCUAAACCACUUCCAAUGCCAUAUGGUUCUGGUCUUGCAAAAAAUGACACAAGGAAUCCUACGGUUGGUAAAAGGAAAAGAAAGUGAGUGUUGUAUACAACAUGCUCAAUGCUUUCUUUCUUCACAUCUGGGAGUUAUGAUAAUGAUGAUAGAGCAAAAGUUUUCAUGAAGCAAAUGAUGAAAGGUUGAUGACUGAUACAAAUAAGUAGAAGCUUACCACUGAGAUUAUGUAGAUUAAUGAAUGUGUAUUUUGGUAUCCUUAGUUUGAAGUUAAAACAAGUUCUUGUACAUUUCAAUUUACUAAUUUUAAAUCAAUGAAAUUUGGUUUUGAUUCUUUAUGA